GGUGUCUCUGGUAGUACGUAGUCUAUUGCUGGAGAGCCCUCUCUUCUUCUCUUCAUCCCCACUCAAGCUUACUUCUUCUUGGUCUCUAAAUAAUCUUUCCAUUAGCGUUUGCUAAGUUUUCUUCUUGGACUACGUGGUUUUCUUGUCAAACACACAGCGGUAUACCCAACAUGAGCUCCAGUAAGGAUCCACAGUCUGCCAUUCCCCCUGCAAGCAAAGGGUCCUGGUCCAGCUUCUUGAAGUCGAUCGCCUCCUUCAACGGAGAUCUUUCCUCGUUAACCGCUCCUCCCUUCAUUCUUUCGGGCACCUCUUUGACGGAAUACUCUGCCUACUGGGCUGAACAUCCCAGUCUGUUUGUGGCUGCGGCCAAAGAAGCUGACCCUGAGAAGCGAGCAUUGGCUGUUCUGAAAUGGUUUCUCAGCACGCUGCGCCAACAGUAUUGCUCUCGCAGUGAGAAGCUGGGCAGUGAGAAGAAGCCUCUGAACCCCUUCCUGGGUGAGCUUUUCCUCGGCAAGUGGGAAAAUGAUCCUGAUGCCGGGGAGACUACCUUGAUCAGCGAGCAAGUCAGCCACCAUCCCCCUGCCACAGCCUAUGCGAUCACCAACGAGAAGCACGGUAUUGAGCUACAAGGAUACAAUGCGCAGAAGGCAUCCUUCUCCAACACCAUUCAAAUCAAGCAAAUCGGCCAUGCCUUGCUGACAAUCACCCCUCCAUCCGCGGACAAGAACGAUCCCGCCCAGAAGGAGCGCUACCUCAUCACACUCCCCUACUUGCAUGUCGAGUCCCUCAUCUACGGUACGCCGUUCAUGGAACUGGAGAGAUCGACCAUGAUCGCCAGUAGCACGGGCUACAUCGCCAAAAUCAAUUACUCCGGCAAGGGCUGGCUCAGCGGCAAGAAGAACACCUUCAACGCCGUGCUCUACCACGAGAAAGACGGGGAGAGAAAGCCCCUAUACACCGCAGAGGGACAAUGGUCCGACACAUUCGUCAUCAAGGACGCUCGCACGAACAAGGAGAUCGACCGCUACGUCGCCAAGGACAUGAAGACCAGCCCGCUGACCGUCGCCCCUCCGGAGGAGCAAGACCUAUGGGAGAGCCGACGAGCCUGGCGCGACGUCGCAUCCGCCAUCGAGCGCGGUGAUAUGGACGCCACCUCUCUCGCCAAGUCGAAGAUCGAGAACGCUCAACGCGAGCUCCGCAAAGUCGAAAAGGCCGAGAACCGGGAGUGGGAGCGCCGGUUCUUCAAGCGCGUCGAUGAAACGGUCGACGAGGAGUUUCAGCGUCUGGCCCGGAUGGUCGGCCUGACUUCACUCGAGAGCGAUAAGACCGGUGGCGUCUGGCGUUUUGACAAGGAGCGCGCCGCGAAUGCCAAGCCUCCCUAUCACCAGACCGGUGGCGAGGGACUCGGAGUGUCCGAGUAAGCCUCCAAUCUUGCUAGUUGUUACUACAUGAAUGGGCUGUCACACACAUUCAUACAGUAUUCACUAUGCACUCUGCGCUAUGCACUAUGCCACAGUGGACGUUGCGAAUAUAGAAUCAUUAAUCGUUUUUGGGUACGUGGGAUCCGUUCAUCGGUUUUGUCUCUCUCCAUUUUUAGGAGUUCCGAUUCUUGUAUAUAGGAAGGUUACGCAGUAGUCUUGAACACUUAGAAUCCACAAGUUGAGCAAAUCAA